CACACACACACACACACACACACACACACACACACUCCUCUUGGCUUUAGGCUCUUCACAUCAGGCACCAUUUCCGCCCCGGCCAGAGCGACCCUGGCCCCCCAGCCGCUCCCGCGCCUCGGUCUGGGCAGGAAGAGCCUGGCAGCGGCGGCUAUAGGUGUUAUGCUGCUCCUGGUGCUUGUGGUGCUCAUCCCAGUGCUGGUGAGCUCCGUAAGCACUGACGCUGGCCAGUAUGAGAUGCUGGGUGCCUGCCACAUGGUGUGUGACCCUUACUUGAGCAGCAAAAGUGCUGUGACAGGUCCAGCGGGCACAGGCUCUGAGGCGCCGCCGCCACCCUCCACGCUCGUCCAGGGGCCACAGGGGAAGCCGGGACGGCCGGGCAAACCCGGACCUCCGGGGCCACCCGGGGAGCCAGGCCCCCCGGGUCCGAUGGGGCCCCCGGGGGACCGAGGAGAAAGAGGAGACCGCGGCACAAAUGGCAUUAACGGAGCUAUCAGCACGGUGACAUACAGCACACAACCACGUGUUGCUUUCUAUGCUGGACUCAAGAACCCACACGAGGGCUACGAGAUCCUCAAAUUCGAUGAUGUCGUCACCAACCUGGGCAGCAACUAUGAUGGCGCAUCGGGAAAGUUCAUCUGCAGCGUGCCUGGCACCUACUUCUUCAUCUACCAUGUGUUAAUGCGUGGAGGCGACGGCACAAGCAUGUGGGCUGACCUGUGCAAGAACGGACAGGUGAGAGCAAGUGCCAUCGCUCAGGAUGCUGACCAGAACUACGACUACGCCUCCAACAGCGUCAUCCUGCACCUGGACCCUGGAGAUGAGGUCUACAUCAAACUGGACGGAGGCAAAGCCCACGGCGGCAACAACAACAAAUACAGCACUUUCUCCGGUUUCAUCCUCUACGCUGACUGAACUGCAGAGCUCGAGGAGAAGAGGAAGAAGAUGAGACGGAGAAAGAAAGAAGGCGUUAUCAUCCAAGUGCUUUGUUUUCAAUUCGCAGGAUCAUCCUGUCGCUUCUACCAUCUUUUUUCUUUUCUUUUUUUUUUUUGGCUUUGUUUGAUUGCAAACUCUAGUAAGAGACUCUCAGUGGACAGAGGGUGUUCUUUCUGCUCUAUGAAUCACCUUAAUGACAAAAAGCGUGAGGAAAAAUGAGUGAAAAAAAGAGAGCUUUUCUUUUCUUCUUUCUUCCUUUGAGACUUCCUGCAGGACUUUUGAGUGGCAGAGAUCUUUUGUCUCAUUGUCGCGUACGUCUCCCCAUCAAAUCUCAUCUUCUGUCCACAGAUAUUUAUCUUCAAGAUACGAGAAUGAUCCAAAAUGUCUGUCCCUCAUGGAGAAAAAGAAAAUUAAAUAUUUUUUUUGAAGGCUUGCUUUAUUGACUAAGGGAUCGUUUGAGAUUGAGUUCAGCCUAGUUAAAAUCCUAUUUCAGAUGAUUGAAAAUGCUUGUGCACAAUGAAAAUUUGUGCCGUCCUUAGCACUUUUUGUUCUUUACCUCCGGGCCCUGUAUAACUGAAGAGUGGUGGUUGUUGUUUCUUCAGCGUGUCGUGCUGUGUCUGGUGCAGAUGUGACUCGUGGCAGUCCAUGAAGGACCUUUCGGAAAACACAAAGGGCACUUUCUCUAAAUGUCGUUAAUCCUCCUUUAGUCAGUUCUUUUAUUCUCAUCCAGCAGUUAGCCGAGUUCUCCUCUCUUCCAAGUCUCCAGGCCCGUAUGUUUCAAGUAUCAUUCUCCCUUUGAAAUUCCCACCAUGUUUAUCUAGUCCAAAAAACGACACAGUUUAAACCAGGGGUUCUCAAACUUCUUACCCCUUUAACUGUUUUCUUGUUGUUGUUGUUGAAAUCACGAUCUCAAUUAGUACUUUUAAUUUACAAGCAAACUCUUUAAAAAUGAGGUAAAUUAGGUUGGAUAAUAUUUUCGCUGUUAAUCGGAGACAGAAAUUUCCACCCAUAGAACCAGAUUUCAAAUGCCGUUAGAUCAGGCUUGCGCGAUAUGGCGAUUUAAUCAUCCCGACACGAUCGUAUGCACGAUAUCCAUCGACGUUUACUCUAGUCGAGGUCAUACGUUCACAUACGCCUUGCAGAAUCUAUAAAAUGUUAAUAACUGUUUUUAUAAAGUAAGAUGGAGGAUAAAAAUUGCAUUUCGUUUUUUUUUUUUUAGUCCCGCCCACAUAACGGAUGUUUACAUCUAGUCCACAAGACACAAUGAUAACUGAAUUUAAACACAUGUACCAGUUUACGCACGCUCGGUUCUUAAUCCCGUGCGUCGUCACCUGGAUGAUCCACGACGUGUUUAUGUUUUGUGAGAGUCCUUCACGAGUCCCUUGUUUGUCCUGAGCAGUUAAACUGCCCCACUGUUCUUCAGAAAAAUCCUCCAGGUCCUGCACAUUCUUUACUUUUCCAGCAUCUUCUGCAUGUUCGAACCCUUUCUA